AUGGCUGAUCGUGGAACUUCUGGCCCUCGUGGCGGCGGCUUCGCUUCCCGUGGCGAUCGUGGUGGUGACCGCGGCCGUGGCCGUGGUGGACGUGGCCGUGGCCGUCGCGGCGGCAAGUCCGAGGAGAAGGAGUGGCAGCCCGUCACCAAGCUCGGCCGUCUCGUGAAGGCCGGCAAGAUCAAGAGCAUGGAGGAGAUCUACCUCCACUCUCUCCCCAUCAAGGAGUACCAGAUCGUCGACUUCUUCCUCCCCAAGCUCAAGGAUGAGGUCAUGAAGAUCAAGCCCGUCCAGAAGCAGACCCGUGCCGGUCAGCGUACCCGCUUCAAGGCCAUCGUCAUCAUCGGUGACUCCGAGGGCCACGUCGGUCUCGGUAUCAAGACCUCCAAGGAAGUCGCUACUGCUAUCCGCGCUGCCAUCAUCAUCGCCAAGCUCAGCGUCAUCCCCGUCCGUCGCGGUUACUGGGGCGCCAACCUCGGUCUCCCCCACUCCCUCCCCACCAAGGAGUCCGGCAAGUGCGGUUCCGUCACCGUCCGCCUUAUCCCCGCUCCCCGCGGUACCUCCCUCGUUGCCUCCCCCGCCGUCAAGCGUCUUCUCCAGCUCGCCGGUAUCGAGGAUGCUUACACCUCCUCUUCCGGCUCUACCAAGACCCUUGAGAACACUCUCAAGGCUACUUUCGCCGCUGUUUCCAACACCUACGGCUUCCUUACCCCCAACUUGUGGAAGGAGACCAAGUUGAUCCGCUCUCCUCUUGAGGAGUUCGCCGACACUCUCCGUGACGGCAAGCGUUACUCCAACUAA